ACGUUCACUACGAGUAGUGCACGGCACUUGAAGCGUGAAACGUGUAUCUAGUUCAAGCAUAGCUGCGUGGACGGUAACGUGCAACAAAUUAACGGAGGUGGCCUUUCACGGCAGAGGUCAAAAGAACGCAAGCCCACCACCACCACGUGAACCACCGUCUCCGGAAACACGCACCUUCAAGUCCCUGCGAUGCCCAACGAUGACUUUACGAACGGUGGCAGGGUUGUAAAAUAUUACAGCUGGAGUCCUGGCGACCUGAUCGAUGGCAACGCGCUGGACGAUACCUUGGCGAUCGUUCUCCUGAACCGUCCUAUCCUUCUGGAGAAGCAAUACUUCACUGCGCUAUGGAACACUGCCAAAGUGCGUGUAGCGGUUGAUGGUGGAACGAACCGCUGGGUUGACUUUGUGAAGGACAACAUCAACCAGGAGUACCAACUCAAGCCACCCGAGCUUGUGACAGGGGAUUUCGAUUCGUGCAAUCAGGAGGCCAUGGAAUACGUUGAGCAGCUCAAUUGCACGAUCGUAAAAACGCCCGACCAAAACGCGACCGAUUUCACGAAAUCGCUCAAGGUGCUGCAGUCACAUGGUUACGAUCGGCAGGUAACACGCGUCCUGGCGCUGUGCGAAUCGUCCGGCCGGCUCGACCAGAUAAUGGCCAACAUUAAUACGCUCUUCCUAGCGGAAGCCAUCCUUCCCGGGGUCGGUGUGUUCCUGCGCUCCAGCAAUUCCCUUUCCUGGCUGCUUCGGCCGGGCGUGCACACUAUCGACAUUCCCCAGCGGCUCUUGAUGGAAAAGAUCUGGUGUUCGCUCGUACCGAUCGGCCAAUCUUGCCAGUGUACGACCGAGGGACUAAAGUGGAACCUGGACGGAAGCCGACCGCUGCAGUUUGGCAGUAUCGUGAGCACCUCAAAUACUUACUCCAAGGAGCAAGUGCAUAUUGUGACCGAUGGCGCGCUCCUCUGGUCGAUGGGAACGACCCCGAAGGACAUGUGAUAGGAGCUUCAUAAUAGCUGUGAAUGUUACUUGACGUCGUAAGCACUCAAGCAGGGGUUCCCGAGCUGUCGACCAAUGAUACUUGAACACCUUUCCUUUCCUUUCCUUUAUCUGUAAAUAGCCAGUCUUUAGGCCGCCCGUUUGGAUGGAAUCUGUUUAUUUUGUAUUGUUUUUACACCUUUUCGGCCCUUUAUACAAAUUAGCACCUACAUAUACGUUUUAGACCAAAACUUUAGAUCCUGUUAACCUCUUUCCAUUUCCCUACUUUGCGGAGAAAGUAGUAGUUAUUGUUACCUGGUUUGUAAAUGUCCAUGUUAUGAACAUGUCCAAGUAGGAAUUGCCUUAAAUUUGCAUUUUUAUAGAUGCUGAUUAGUACCCUAGAAAAAAUAUCUAGAUGAAAUAAGGCGCCGAUAGAUAAGCAGGAACAUAAUCAGACGAUAUGGAGAGUUCUGAUUUGGACAAUGUUUUCUCUAUGGCUCAAGUCUUUGAAAAA